CUCCCCAAGCUUCCUUUCUCUCUUGCCUCUCCGCACGCCACCGCCGUAGGAUGUCUUUCGCGGCGAUCCUUCCCAGUCAGGCGCCCGGGCCGGGUGCCGGGCUCGGCCCGCGGGAUCGGACGGCUGAGUUCCGCUUCGCGGUCAACAGCGCUCUCCAGCGAGAUCCUGUGCGGCAGGCGGCCGCCGCGCGGAAAGCCGCCGCCCAACCGGCCCCGGCCCGGUCGGCUUUCUUGCAGAUGGCCAGCGAGCUGAGUCGCGACUUGGCCAGACUCAGCGAUCGCCUGAAGCUGCUGGCCCAAGUUUCUCAAAAGUACUCGGUCUUCGACGACUCGACCAACGAGUUCCAGAGCCUGGCCGAUGCCAUCCGCCAGGAGAUCUCCCGGCUGAACAUCAACAUCCCCUACCUGCAGCGGGCCCUGAACAACCGGGACUUCGGCCGGUCGGAGUCCGCGCCGGCGGUGUCCAAUCUGGCGCACAUGCGCGAGCACGCCAACCAGGUCAUCCUCUUCCUUCAGAAUCAGCUUGCCUCGAGCUCCACCGACUUCAAGAAUAUCCUCGAGCAGCGGACCACUAACGUCCGAACCCAGAAAACCCGGCGCGACGAAUUCGCCGGGACCCCCCCAUCGAUGCCUUUCCAGCCGCCGGCACCGCGCUAUGCUCCGCCCGACGCCGAGGCAUCGGCCCGCUUCCGCGGGUCACCUCCGAUGAUGUCCAGCAACGGCGGGGCCACGGCGAUCCAGAUCCGGCCCACGUCCCAGGAGGAUGCGCUGUAUGCCGGCGGCAACCCGGCCGUCCAGCCGCUCUACGCCGGGGAUCCCGGCGAAGGGGCUCUCCUGAUGCAGCACCACCAGAACCCGAUGCACGACAUGUCGGCCACCUACAUGAAUGAGCAGAACAGCGAAAUUCGCGCCAUCGAGGCGACACUGGCCCAGUUGGGCGGGGUUUUCGAGCAGCUCACCCGGCUGAUCUCCCAGCAGGCCGAGCAGGUCGAGCGCAUCGACACCUAUGUCGAUGAGGCCGAGCACAACGUGUCCGCCGGCCAGCGAGAGCUGGUCAAGUACCUGAAGUACCUGUCGAGCGGGCAGUCCCUGGCGCUGAAGCUCAUCGGCCUGUUGACCAUUGUGGCGGUGGUCUUCAUCUUCCUCUUUGUCUGAGCCCCGCCUCCCCCAGUCCUGCCCCUGUCCCAUCCCCUCCCUCUUCCUCUCUCUCUCUUUUUCCAUUUGGUGCUGGCGCACCCUGGCAAUACAAUCGCGCACGCGCGCGGAUGGGUCA